AUGGAGGACGACACCGGGAGCAACAGCGGCCAGACGCUGCGUCCCUUCUCACAGCCUACCAUGAAUUCGAGAUUCCCCUCGUUACGACGCCUCAACUCGACCGAACCAUACCGGCAUCGAUCGCUACCCGCCGAACCCUCACCUGGCUCCGACCGCGCCAGCAGUGAAAUCACCUUCGCUGUUCUAUACGAUGAUAGCCGAGACUACCACGUCGGCCAUUACGACGAUCAGGGAUCGAUGCGAUCCGCCCAAAACAGACCCGACUCUAUGGCCUCGUAUGCCCCCUCUUUCCACACCCGUGACUCCCGGGUUGUGAGCGACGAUAACUACCUCGACCGUAAUCCCGACUUUGUUGCUAACCAGAGGCUGCUUGCCGAGGGCUACCUGAAUAGCAACGACUCCUUAUAUGACCAAUCUGUCCCUCGCUAUCCUACUCAAUCUGAAGAAACUUUGGCAAUGAACGCCCUGCAUAAUUCAUACCCCCGUGAUGAGAAGAGACCGCUCUCCCGGUUGAUGACCCCGCCCAUGGAUCGAGCACAGAGCAAGCAUUCGCACGAAUCGUGGUGCACGUGUGAUGAAGGCCACGGCCACGGCAUGGCCGACAAAAAGGAUCCAUCAAAGUUCGACAUCGAAGCCCAAAAUGGGCCGCCUACUCCUACGCCUUUCCUUCCCAAAGAGAAGCCUGGUGAUCAAUAUGUGGUCGGGUUUAAUGGUCCCCAAGAUCCCCUGAAUCCCAAAAACUGGCCUUCGAAAAAGAAGUGGGCUGCGACCGCUCUGACAGCUUCAUUCACAUUUCUCUCACCUCUGGCCUCGUCCAUGGUCGCUCCUGCGCUUCCUCAGAUCCGAAAAGACUUCGGUAUCACGAAUCAGAUCGAGUCGCAGAUUGUCCUCUCUAUCUUCGUUCUCGCCUAUGCUAUUGGCCCUAUGAUCCUGGGUCCCCUCUCCGAACUCUAUGGACGUGUCAUCGUCCUCCAAUCCUCCAACGUGAUGUUCCUGGCAUUCAACACCGCUUGUGGCUUCGCCCAAACCAAGCAACAACUGAUGGCUUUCCGCUUCUUGGCUGGUCUGGGAGGCUCCGCUCCACUUGCCAUCGGUGGUGGUGUACUGGGCGACCUCUUCAAGCCCGAAGAGCGCGGGAAGGCAAUGGGUCUUUAUGCCAUGGGCCCUCUCCUCGGACCUGCUGUCGGUCCCAUUGUGGGAGCUUGGGUAGCCGAAAAAUCCACCUGGCGAUGGAUGUUCUACGCCACCUCCAUCGUCAACGUGUUCAUCCUUCUUGGUGGAUUUUGGAAGCUCAACGAAUCCUACGCCCCGUACAUCCUCCACAAGAAGGCCAAGAUGCUGCGCAAAAAGACGGGUGACGAACGCUACCGCGCAGAAGGUGAAGGUGAUGUUGACCAACCUGUCUGGAAGAAGAUUGUCGCUACAAUGGGCCGUUCCUUUGGAAUGCUGUUCUCUCAACCCAUCGUCCAGAUCUUGGCUCUCUACAUGGCCUUCUCCUACGGUAUCCUUUACCUUGCCUUGUCUACCUUCCCGGAACUCUACAUGAACGUUUAUGGCGAAAGCGUCGGUGUAUCCGGCCUCAACUACAUCUCCCUCGGUCUCGGCUUCUUCAUUGGCGCUCCGCUUUGUGGCAAAACCAGCGACAAGGUCUAUCAGAAGCUCAAGGCCAAGGACAAGCGAAACCAAGGCAAACCAGAAUUCCGUAUGCCGGUUGUCAUUCCCUUCUCGUUCUUCGUCCCCAUCGGUCUUUUCACAUAUGGAUGGUCUGCUCAAGCCAAGACGCACUGGAUCGUCCCCAACAUUGGGUCUUUCAUCUUUGGCAUCGGUACAAUCGCCGCCUUCCAAUGUGUCACCACUUAUCUCGUCGACACCUAUGCCAGAUUUGCUGCAUCGGCCGUGGCUGCAGUCACCAUUCUUCGAUCUCUAGCGGGCUUCGGCUUUCCUCUCUUCGCCCCUGCCAUGUAUGACGCUUUGGGGUUCGGCUGGGGUAACACCGUCCUAGCGCUCGCCGCCAUUGGCAUUGGAAUGCCCGUUCCCAUCCUGUUGUGGAUCUUCGGCGAGAACUUGAGGAAGAAGAGCGCUCUCGCCUCCAAGGGUCCGCCUCCAGGAAAGGGCGGUCCAGGAGGCCCCGGCGGUCCCGGCGGUCCUCCAGGAAAAGGCCCUGGAGGCCCCGGGGGCCCUGGAGGUCCUGGCGUAAAAGGUCCCGGUGGUCCAGGAAUGGGUCCUGGGGGUGUUCCGAUAGGACCCCCUCCACCGUUUCCUGGAGGGCCGGAACGACAGAGGCCUAACUAA